CUAUAAGUACCUAGUCAUCGAAGAUUUUCGAAUCGUCAGUAUUGUAAAAUGUGGAAGUUUACAAGCAUUGUUGUACUCGUCGUCUGCUUGGCAUGGGCCGUCUAUUGCGAGGAUCAACGACCACCAUCAUUAAAGACACGUUUCGGACGUUCGGCGGACGAACCAGAAAGUGACAAUUAUGUUUCAAAUGACAUAAUGGAAAAGCGCUCGGCUCAGAGACCUCCUUCCCUAAAGACACGUUUUGGACGUUCGGAAGGCGCUGAAGUAAUGGAGAAGCGCUCCGCUCAGAGACCUCCUUCGCUGAAAACACGUUUUGGACGAUCAGUAGCCAAUCCAGAAAGUGACGGUUAUAUGAGAAAACGCUCGGCUGAGAGACCCUUUGUCACGAGGAUACGCCAUGGGCGUGCGAAUAAGAAACGGGCAGCUAACUAAUACGGACCUGGAUGAUGCAGUUUGAAUUGAGUUGCUUCCUGAAACUGGAAAAGAAAAUUUAAAAAAAUAAAAUACCUAUUUAAACAUCUGUUGAAAAAUAUUAGUUUCCUAAUAAAAUAAACGAUUUAUUUUUCGAAA